CAGUAUCCAGUCGGAAGGAGACCCGAGUGAGAGUUAGCUAACUUUGUAAACACUAGUUAAUAAUGUAGGAUACGAGGGGCAGGACGUUUUGCUGAAACAUCGCACGAUUCUGCUGGUUCUCGACAUGGUAAUGCUGUGAGUGACUGCUCAGAACAUUGUGCUGGUUACCAUGUCGAUGUUCAGCACGGGAAUACUGGUCCUCACAUCCCCCCUGCACACCUUACCCUUGCGCAUUGCACCUGUCCUGAGCUCUGCUGCCCAGAUUGUAGAGCGGACGCUGUAUGUGCACUUCCACCCAGGCCUGAAUCUGGGCGCCUCUGGCCAAGCUCGGCCCGUCUACAUCCCCCCUGUUGUUGAUCUCUCCAGCCUCAUCUCCCACCUGUACAGCGACGCUGCCGAUGUCUGUGGCCAUCUCGACGUCCGGGUGCUGCUGACUAACAUGCGAGCGCAACCCAGCGUGGCUAGUCUGGGUUCGAAUGGAGGGGCUAACCCCUUCCCCUCCCCACAGUCCCUUUCCCAUUUCCCAGAGGUGGUGCUGACAGACUAUGCCCUGCAGGACCCCGGUCAGUCAUCACUGGUGGCUCAGUGCCUGCAGAAAUACACUGGCCACUGCUAUGUGUGUAACCCUGGCCUCAGGUCCGUGCUGCUGCAUCCACAGCUGCAGGUCCUGGAGAGAAGUGAGGAAAAGGAGGAAGAGGAGAAGAGUAAGGCCCAGUUGGAGACGUUCAGUGAUGUGGUGGUCGGAGGAACAUUCGACCGCCUCCACGGUGCCCACAAGACCCUGUUGAACAUCUCCUGUCUCCUCGCCAACAGGCGCUUCCUCAUUGGGGUGUCAGAUAAAGAGCUACUUAAGAAUAAGGUGUUAAAAGAGUUGAUCGAGCCGUACCCUCAGCGCGUGCAGAGGCUGGAGGAGUUCUUGGGAGACGUGAAGCCCUCGCUGCAGUAUGAGAUUGUGCCGCUCUUCGACCCUUUUGGCCCUUCCAUCACGGACCCCCAGCUGCAAUGCAUUGUGGUCAGCGAGGAGACGAAGAGAGGGGGCGAGGCCGUGAACAAAAGGCGUUUGGAAAAUGGCCUCCCAGAGCUGGUGCUGUAUGAGAUCCAGCUGAUUAAGGAUGCCCACCACACGGAGAUCGAGGAGGAGAAGAUCAGCUCCUCAAGUCUGCGCUCCCGCCUGCUGGGCACCUUGCUCAUCCCACCCAAGCCUCGAUCGGACCUCCCACUCGCUCCAUACGUGAUUGGGCUGACGGGGGGCAGUGGUAGUGGGAAGAGUUCCAUCGCCCGUCGCCUAGAGGCUCUGGGUGCUGCACGCAUCGACAGCGACCAGCUAGGCCACGAGACGUACCUGCCUGGGGCCACCGCCUACCACAGGGUGGUGGAGGAGUUUGGAGCAGAUAUACUGAAUGAGGAUAAGACCAUAAACAGACGGGUGUUGGGCCGGAAGGUGUUUGGGAAUGAGGAAAGGUUGAAAGCUUUGACUGAUAUUGUGUGGCCAGAAAUUGCACUGCUGGUUAAAAAACGUAUACAACAGGCUAAAGAAGAAGGCCAACCCGUGUGUGUAGUGGAUGCAGCAGUGCUGCUGGAGGCGGGCUGGGAGAGUCUGGUGCAUGAAGUGUGGGUCGCCACCAUUCCAGAGGAAGAGGCGGUCCGGCGUAUUGUGGAGCGGGACGGGGUGAGCGAGGAGGACGCCGUGCGGCGGCUGCGGUCUCAGUGGCCCAGCGCUAAGCAGAUUCAGCAUGCCAAUGUGGUGCUGUGCACCCUAUGGGAGCCGGACCAGACCCAGAAACAGGUACAGAAAGCUUGGGACCUGCUGCGGCAACGAAUCAAACAGAGACUGCAGGAGACAGGCUUGCCCUCAUAAGAAAGGGAGGAUGAUGGGACACAUGUCCAAAUACUGGACAACCCCCCACCCCCCACACAGUCAGUCAAGAAACACUGGUGGAUUCCAAAAGUGUGUGUUUGGACUUUGUGAAAGGAACACUUGUUUUUAACCCCAGCCAAAUAUCCAAUAACAUUUGAAUUAGCCUUUAAUAGAUGCACAAAGGAAGGAGCCCUGGUGAAUCCAGUGAGAACCUCACCCGAAGCAUACAUCAUCUUGAAACCGCUACCAAGGAUGAGGACUCACCUACUUCUAAACAAACCACGUCAGUGCACACAGAAUGCAGUGUUUAGAAUUCUGACCCUCAUGGCUUUUUUCCAGACAAAUACAUUUUUGCCUAAUUUUAAAAUAUGUAAUAGAUGUUUAUUUUAAGUGUGUAUUCCACAGGCUGGCCCAUAGAAGUCCUUGCUACCAAGGUCAAAUCUCUACACUAAAACACUAGAUUUUCCUCAUAUAGCAUACUAAAGACUAUGGACAAUAUUCCAACAACCCAUAAAACAAGAUGGAUCAUAAUUGCGCUGGGAUGUGCUGGAUUUUAAUUGAAAACAGACUUGACAUCUCACCUGUUCUCACAUCCGUUCGCAAAAGCGGUUCCCAAAAGGUUUAGAAACCCACUAGUCCAUGGCUGGGAAACCAGCACUGCCUCUUCUCGCUAUGCCUACAGCUUUUCAAGUGACUCACUUAAUCAGAGUCAGUUUCAUGUUCAGUAUCUCUGUUUUUAAAUACAAUGCCUGGAAGGAGAUAAAAUAGAAUUACAAAAAGUGCUCGAUGUACUCAGGAUAUGGUACAGCAGUGCCCUUGUUUUUCAGAAGGUUUGUGACACUGAAUUUCUGUUAUUGUCAGAGUGAAUAGGUGUACACACAUAAAGGUGAUCGGUUAUGCAACAUUAGCAAGAUACGUCUUAAAAAAAGACCCACAUGGACUUGGUUUCUCCAUAUCAGAAUGCUGUUACUCCGAACAGGAACCGCAUAUAUUAAUGUGCCUACUGUGGACUCGCUGACGAGGCUUGAGAACUUGGUCAGCCAUUUCCAUCUUCGUAGAAGUCGGGCAUCAUGUAGAUAAAGUGAAGCCCGGACAGAAAUACUGUUUUUCAGAAGGUAGUCUGGCUUAGUCCUAGCUCUAUUUUUUUUAAAUGGUUCACUGUGACAAGGCUGGAGAGAUUUCCAGAUGACCAAUGUCAGUUUUUAUUUCAUAUUUUAUUAAGCUUUCAAGUUUUUCAGAGAGAUUAAUGCAUACUAGUUGAACAAAGAUGAUUUGGAAGAAUGGUACCUAGUUGAUUACUUGUGUUAUGAAGUAAAACAGCAACAUUAAAAUGUAUUAAAUGUC